AUGGACGAGGAUAUGCAACAGUUCUGGAGCAAAUUUAUACUUGGCAAGAAGGAGAGUCUUGGAGUUCAUCUUCUAGAUCAGGGAGAUGGUGAACUUGGGGAGAAAGGCAAGUUGUAUAUCUUUGGCAAAGUUUUGUCGGUUAAGCUUUACAACAAGAUGGCUUUCAAAUCUACGAUGAAAAAGGUUUGGAAUACUAUCAAAGUGGAAUUUAUAGAGGCUGGUGACAAUUUGUUUCUCAUUCAGUACAGUAAUAUGCUGGACAAGAUUAGAGUUCUUAGAGGUAUGUCAUGGUCUUUUGAUAACCAUUUAGUUUUGUUGAAGGAGUAUGAUGGUUCGGUUCAAGCAUCCAAAUGGGAGAGGUUUGAAGAACAUAACAAGCCAAAAGGCGGGCGUGGAAAAAUCAUAGGGGUGAAGACUGGCGGUGUUUCUCCGGAGAGUGGACUAGAAUCUUUGGAGCAAUCUCACAAAAGUAGGAAGGCGGUGAAUGAGGCAAAUAACAAGGGAUGGAAGGGACCAAUAUCCGAAAAUGAAGAAAUUCCUAUUAUAGAGAGUACAAGUGGGAGGCAGAACAUGGAAAGAGAAAUGUUAGUGGAACUAAGGGAGCCGUCAAUUAACAUAUCAAUUCCUUUAUUAAAAGAAACAGAGAUAAUGGAUGAAGGAAAUUUUUAG